AUGGGUCUUCAGUGCUGCCUGAAGGUACAGCUGGGUCUGCUGCAUUGUCUGACUGGGCUUGUAGCAGGCUUUUUCUGCUUGUACACGAUACUGUCUUGGGCUGGGUCCUUGGAUUACUUACCAGGCUUGUUGGAUGCAAACGCUAAAUUCAUUCCUUCCAACAAUGGCCUGCCACUCUUGUGCCAAUGUCUUGUGUAUGGAAUGGGAGCUAUGUGUCUCCUCAAUUUUGUCAUGUGUGCUGUCGCCAACUGUUUGUUUUCAAGCGCCUGCGUCGCCUUGUUCCACACAAUGUUGACCAGUGUCUUCCUGGCCUUUGCUGUGAUGGGUGCUUCUGUUGUCACAGUGUAUUACGUGAUCUGGUGUGAUCUGCUACAACAGGCUGUUCCUCAGUCUUACGGGUGCGAUGACGCAGCGAUUAAAUACGAUAUCAGAAACGCGUCUGCACAGAUGAGCUCACACAAGAACCUUCUGCAAAUCCAAAUGGCGAUCGGAUGGACACUGUUUCCGUUGCUUUGUUUAACACUGCUCACCUAUUCCGUGGUGGUUCGAAUCGUUGACCAGCCGGAACCCGAAACCAGAGACGACCCCACGCGAUACAUCAUUGUUCAGGACGAGACAGUGCCGCUUCUGAGGUCUGUCAAUCAACCUACAAUUCAAAGACGUGAUACCAGCGAGAUCAACCGUGCCGUCAUUGUGACCGAAUCAACGACUCCAGCGGUCAGGUCCGAGAACUAA